AUGGAGGCAAGAGGCGAAAGUUGGAGUCUCGAAGCCGUAGACGAAGGCCGAGAGCGAGGAUCCCGGAGGAGAAAGGUCUUCGGCUAUCUUAGAGCUGCAAAUGAGCUUCGCCAGGCUUACUCCGCUCAGUGGUCACAAAGAUCUCAAGGUACUCAAGGCUCGUCCCGUGACGUUCAAGAUGAUUUCCCGGGAUUUGAGAUGGCAAGAUCCGCGGAUGAGGAAAUGGUCCUCUUUCCAAGCUACGGAAAGAGGCAUGUCAAAAGCGAGACGCGGAAUGGCAACGAGAAUGAUCACGAUGGGCUAGACUCGUUUGAUGAUGAUAAUACUGAUCGGGCGCAGUCUCAAGGGAUCGAGUACUGGGAAAGCAUUUGGCACAGAUAUGAGGCUGAUAACGCAAUCGUCGAUGUUGAUGUUCGGGGUUGGAUUUUUUCACCUCAGAAAGAGCCAAUGUCCCGUAAAAACCGGCUUUUAAUUACUCUCGCGAGGAAAAUCAGUGGCAUUCCUGCACCAAAUCAAACACUUGCUACUGACGGUCAUACUUUCAGCCAAGCCGACAGUUCGCUUGAAAACCAAGCGGAGUCGAUUGUCAGGAAGCAAACUGACAGUAGCGAUAACGGUCAGCCGCUGGGGUUGACCCAAGACGAAAUUGCUGCUGCCAAUGCCCAGCUAAUGGAUCGGCUCAGGCCGUUUCUCACGAACCCGGCGGUUGGGAUACCUGCGACAAUCUUCUUUUUUAACGACAUCAAAAGUGAAUCGAGAACUGUGCUGACAAACGAGGGAGGUCAUUUUGCCGCUAGAGCCUCCUUGGAUUUCGUUCCUAGUCAUAUCAGGGUACUCGCCUCGGAAAACCUAUCUGCUACGGAAGAGGUCAAAAUCAUCGAGCAAAAUGGAGUAAGCAUAAUUAGCGAUAUCGAUGAUACGGUAAAGCAUUCUGCGAUCAUUAGCGGCGCGAAAGAGAUGUUUCGGAAUACUUUCGUGCGUGACCUCGCUGAUCUUUCUGUUCCCGGGGUCAAGGAGUGGUAUUCACAGAUGGCGCGCAUGGGAGUUGACAUACAUUAUGUUUCAAACUCCCCAUGGCAGCUAUAUCCUCUCCUGAAAAACUACUUCAGUCUGGUUGGCCUCCCGCCCGGCUCCAUUCACUUAAAGCAAUACUCUGGUAUGCUCCAAGGCAUUUUCGAACCCACAGCAGACCGAAAACGACCCACCUUGGAAAGAAUUAUUCAAGAUUUCCCCGGCCGGCAGUUCAUUCUUGUGGGUGACAGUGGUGAGGCGGAUCUUGAAAUUUACACGGAUCUUGUCCUCGCCAAUCCUGGCAGUAUUCUUGGUAUCUUUAUUCGUGAUGUGACAACUCCGGGCCCAAAUAAUUUUUUCGAUAAGUCUAUAUCGCACCUUGAAAAGCCACUGCCACGGAGGACCACCUGGGAUGAAACAUUGGAUUCAGAAAAACGUAGACCACCUCUACCACCAAGGAAGCCUCAACAAGUUCAAGCAAGUUCUGAUGAAGCGAUGAUUGGCAAUCUGAUUGAGCUUGAAUCAGAUGAAGAUACAUAUCCUCUAGAUAUUAUGUCCCGAAAACUUUCCAACACUAAAUCAGCACCACCCACACCUCCUGCUAAACCUUCGAAACUUCGUGGCGAAUCGGUUGAAACAACAGGCUCCCAAGAGCCAGAGUUCUUGACUGUUAUAAGAAGGAAGCCUGUUCCACCACCACCUGUCAAACCCAGUGCUUUGUCAGUUGGCAAAGGCUUUAGCGAACCGAACUCUCGGACCUCAUCUUCCAGCAACGUCUCGACCUCAAAUCCACCUCGCGCAAAGGAAUUACCGCCAGUUCCCCCACCUCGAAGAAGUGGAACAAGUUCCUCCAUAAAACAACAAUCAGAACCCCCCAAGCCUUUGCCAGGGAAUAGUGGCACACAGCACUUCGUACCGCCAAUGUCACUAUCGGACAGACCGUUCAACACCCCAUAUGCUUCAUCGCCCUCGCCCAUACACCCCACAUCUCGAACAAGCACUCCACAGUCUUUGUCGUCGUCUGAUAUACCGACCCCGAAUAAGCGAGAAGAGGCAUGGCGUCGUCGCUGGGCGCGUGCAAGAGAGAUUCUUGAUCGUCGAGGAGUGAUGUUGCAAAGUUGGAGGGUUGGGGAUGAUGUACAAGACGUUUGCGUUCGCCUUGUUAAGCAGGCACAGCCGAACAUGAAUAAAGAAGACGUGAUGACAAGAUAA